AUGGACAAAUCGCCAAACAUCACGACGUCGACGUCGACAUCUCCGUCUUCUCCCAAGCGGUACCAGCUCCCGACUGCAGUCCAGGUCCCGCCGAUUACAGCACCUGCGAAUCCUCAAAAUCGGACCGUGACCCAUGCAAACACCGGCCAGCACCAGGCGCAUGCGCAGGCACAGACACAACCCGCUGCUGCCCCGUCGUUGAAUCCACUCCCCACGCUGUCCCGCGAAUCCACUUCCAGCUCCGCGGCGACCGUCAAUCCCAGGACCGAUUCAUGGCCUUCCAAGCUGACCUCGCAGACCACGGCCACGUCUGCAUCCUCAGUCUCCCGCGCUUCGUCUGUAGCUCCCUCGCCCUUUGCGUCGCGCGAACCUUCUCCCACCCGACCUCUCAACCGCGCCCACACCACCCAUAAUACUACAUCAUCGCGAGCCCCUUCACGCGGUCCUCCUGCUGCUGGCGGUGCUGUACCUCGAUCGCGCAAGAACAGCCUCCAGGAUCCCGGCCCCUCGAGAUCCACGAGACCAGGCAGCAUAUCCUUGUCUACAACCGGCUCGAGAACACUGUCGUCGGCCACAACGCCUACCUUUUCCCCCGUUGCGACGGAUCGGAACGUCAAUGCGCCCGCACCCCCGUCCAAAUCGCCAACUACCCACUCGUCUGCUGCUGCUCAAUCACAACCGACUGGUGGCCAGGAUCUUUUGAAGUGGCCCGUGUCCUCUAGACUGCGAUCUCCUCCACCCAUCCUCACCAAGCCGCCAAUCCUCGGUCCGCCCAGACGACAGGAUCAUACUCCAGACAUCUCUCCCACCGCCGUUCAACGACAGCCAUCGUCCUUUUCCGCCUCAGAGUCUCAGUCGGACACAGACGCGGACGACCUCACUCCAACCCAGCCCGGGGCCAGAACUCCCGCUCGCGCUGCGGGAGGGAGCACGUCCAUCCUUGAGACCGUUCAGGAAGUCAGUCCGCUUGGUUCUCCGAGGGCUUUUGAGCAGUCAAUGGAGGAAAAACUGGGUCACAGGCUCAUGUCCGAACCGACCGUGCCAUCAGAUAUCGGUGAAUACUCUCGUCAAAGAGAGCUAGCGGGAAGAUCGAAUUCAAUCAUGACGGAAAGCGGAGCGGAAGAUACUACCCCGAUCGAGGCGGGCCGCCGAAGCGGAUCGACCAGUGCGCCGCCCCUGACGUCAAGGCAGUCGAGUACAUCGGUACGACCUCCUGCAAAGGGGAAGCCCGGCGAGGGUUCUCAACAGAGCAUGACGGUAGAAGCAGAAACGGUUACCUCGAUCCCCCAAGUCGCCCUCGCUCCAGGAGUAGGGGUGCAGCCUUCAAAUGGCAGUCUGCGCACGAAACCCAGCACGGAAACGAUCCGGCCCCCCAAGAAAGAAAAGAAGAGGACGGCACGGAAGCAACCCAGCAUGACAUCUGGCACUGGUGAGACAAAUCAGUUCAUUUUACAGCCAAGGCUUCGGCAUCAUCAAGCUACGAGAUCAGUCUCCUCGGCUACCGAGAUGGGUACUUCGCCAACGAAGUAUCACCAUGGUCCUCCGCCGCCUGAUGAAGCCAGCAGGCACAUAUUUCCUUCUCGGUCUCCAGGGGCUUCAGAACCACGGACAUCGUCCAAGGCCGACAUCUUCGAGGCAAAGGUAGCGAGCGCAAUUGAGGAAACUAACUCGUCAGACUCGGACGAAACAUUUGUCUACGAUUCCAACCCUCCCGACCAUCCCAGACCACCCCGUUAUCACUCUAGGACACCGAGCGCGGCAUCAAUGGUCAGCCAGCUGAACCGUACCGACAUGCGCACCAUCCAUUCCGCCAUGAUGACCCAGGAACAACCUAUCGGGGUAAAGCGAAGCAUGAAGUUUGUGAAUUCUUACAAUCCCAGCAUUAACGAAAGCGUUGGCGCCGAAGAGGACGGCAAGAGCACAACCGGGAGAAGCACAGCAGGAUCAGCCAGGGGAACAUCAGGUCGACACCAUCACUACGGCCGAUGGGGGUCGUAA